AUGCCCUCUAUAUCGGUAAAAUUAGUGGCAGCUGAAUCACUGUAUAAGAGAGAUGUUUUCCGCUCUCCUGAUCCAUUCGCUGUUUUAACUAUUGACGGUUAUCAAACAAAAUCAACUUCAGCUGCAAAGAAAACUUUAAACCCUUAUUGGAAUGAAACUUUCAAAUUCGAUGAUAUUAAUGAAAAUUCUGUAUUGACUAUACAGGUCUUUGAUCAAAAAAAAUUUAAGAAAAAGGAUCAAGGUUUCCUUGGUGUUGUUAAUAUUCGUGUCGGUGACGUAUUGGGUCAUCUUGAUGAAGAUGGAAGAUCUGCAAGAGAAGAAACUAUAACGAGAGAUUUGAAAAGAUCAAACGAUGGCAUGGCUGUAAGCGGUAGAUUAAUCGUAGUAUUAUCAAAACAGCCUUCUUCAAGUAGAUCACAUAGUUCUACUACCACUACAACCACAACCAAUGCUACCAUUCCUGGCACACAGCAACCUGUUCCUGGUGCAAUCACGAAUGCUCAGACAGCAAAUCGUUCGGCUAAUCCAACUGCUCAGGCGGUAGAAUCAACUCUACAAAGUGGUGCUAUCGCCCAAGCAAAUAAUGCUGCUGUCUCGUCUUCUCCAAAUACUCCAAAUAAUACUAGACAAUACUCUUCUUUCGAAGAUCAAUAUGGUCGUCUACCUCCUGGUUGGGAAAGAAGAACUGAUAAUUUUGGUAGGACUUAUUACGUCGACCACAAUACAAGAACCACUACAUGGAAAAGACCUGCUUUAGACCAAACCGAAGCAGAAAGAGGUACUCAAUUGAAUGCAAAUACAGAAUUGGAGAGAAGACAACAUAGAGGCAGAACUCUACCCGGUAGUAAUUCUACUGAUAAUUCCGGUAUCUCAGUACAAGUAAAUAAUACUGCUGCUACCCCUGCAGUUAAUGGUACUGCUGCAGCAGCUUUUGCCGCUACCGGUGCUACCACUUCUGGUCUUGGCGAAUUACCAUCUGGUUGGGAACAAAGAUUCACCCCUGAAGGUAGAGCCUACUUUGUUGAUCAUAAUACAAGAACGACCACUUGGGUUGAUCCAAGAAGACAACAAUACAUUCGUACAUACGGUCCAACAAAUACAACGAUACAACAACAACCUGUAUCACAACUGGGUCCAUUACCUUCAGGUUGGGAAAUGAGAUUAACCAAUACAGCUCGUGUCUAUUUUGUUGAUCAUAAUACAAAGACAACAACGUGGGAUGAUCCAAGGUUACCAUCAUCAUUGGAUCAAAAUGUUCCACAAUAUAAGAGAGAUUUCAGACGUAAAGUUAUCUAUUUCAGAUCACAACCUGCAUUAAGAAUCUUACCGGGACAAUGUCACAUUAAGGUACGUAGGAAGAAUAUCUUUGAAGAUGCAUACCAGGAAAUUAUGAGACAAACUCCAGAAGAUUUAAAGAAAAGAUUAAUGAUUAAAUUCGAUGGUGAGGAAGGUUUAGAUUAUGGUGGUGUCUCAAGAGAAUUUUUCUUCCUUUUAUCUCAUGAAAUGUUUAAUCCAUUCUACUGUCUAUUUGAAUAUUCCGCACAUGAUAACUAUACUAUACAGAUUAAUCCAAAUAGUGCAAUAAAUCCCGAGCAUUUGAAUUAUUUCAAAUUCAUCGGCAGAGUCGUCGGACUUGGUGUUUUCCAUAGAAGAUUUUUGGAUGCAUUCUUUGUUGGUGCAUUAUAUAAGAUGAUGCUAAGGAAAAAAGUCGUUUUACAAGAUAUGGAAGGUGUUGACGCCGAUGUUCAUAAUUCAUUGAAUUGGACUCUAGAAAAUAGUAUAGAUGGUGUCUUAGAUUUAACUUUCAGUGCUGACGAUGAAAGAUUUGGUGAAGUUGUUACUGUUGAUCUAAAGGAAAAUGGUAGAGACAUUGAAGUCACAGAUGAAAAUAAAAAGGAAUAUAUCGAGUUGUAUACACAAUGGAAAAUUGUUGAUAGAGUUCAAGAACAAUUCAAAGCAUUCAUGGAUGGUUUCAAUGAACUAAUUCCAGAAGAUUUGGUUACCGUUUUCGAUGAACGUGAAUUAGAAUUAUUAAUAGGUGGUAUUGCCGAAAUUGAUAUUGAAGAUUGGAAAAAACAUACAGACUACCGUGGUUACCAAGAAUCUGAUGAAGUUAUUCAAUGGUUCUGGAAAUGUGUCACAGAAUGGGAUAACGAACAAAAGGCAAGAUUAUUGCAAUUUACUACAGGUACAUCAAGAAUUCCUGUCAAUGGGUUCAAAGAUUUACAAGGUUCUGAUGGUCCAAGAAGAUUUACAAUUGAAAAAGCUGGUGAAGUACAACAAUUACCUAAAUCCCAUACUUGUUUCAAUAGAGUCGAUUUACCACCUUAUGCAGAUUAUGAAAGCUUAAGACAAAAAUUAACGUUAGCCGUCGAGGAAACUAUUGGUUUCGGUCAAGAAUAG